CACAACGCCUUACCAAGCAGCAUCUCGCCGAUGCACUUAAGGCGGCUGGCGUGAAUUUUCCACUGACGGCCACGGUGGCCCAAUUAAAGCGUCUUUAUGCUGAACACCGCAUUAGCGAGUCGCCUUACGAGGAGGAUGAAGAGAACAUCUCCGACAUGGAAGAUUCGGCAGCUCCGGACGACGACGCUACCAUAGCCAGUGCCAUGGGAAUCGAAAAGCCAAGUAGGGCUACCCCUACUACUGGCCCUAGUGCAUACGCUGAGGAUACCGUUGCCCAUCGUACAGCUGCCGCCACCGGUACUUUGGGCCCUAACGGAAGUACCAGUUAUGUUUGCGAAAGCAGCGCUGCCGUCACUAAUACCGCCGUCGGUGAAUAUUCCGCUGCUACGCCCGUCACCACAAAUACUAAUACUACUGCCGUCGCUAAUAUUACUGCCGCUAAGCCUUCUGCCGCUUCCGGCGCCACCAUUAAUUCUGCCGUCACUCCACACGCUGCCGCCGCCUUACACUCUGCCGCCACUAAUUCUGCCGUCGCCUUACACUCUGCCGCCACUAAUACUGCCGUCGUUGAAAUUCCCGCCAACGCCGAAAGAUCCUCUGCCGCAAAUAUUCGUGCCAAAACCGCUGUCGCCGCCAUUAACAGCUCCUUGGGUUACGAAAGCUCUGCUGCUGCAAGCAUUCCCGACGGCUUCAAUAGUUUAGCCAGCGACACUAGCUCCGCUGCUUUGCACAAUAUUACUGGCAAUGCCUUGGAUCAACAGCUUAGGGAACUAAGGAAGAAACGCGAACUGUUGGAGCUACAAAAACAAAUUUAUGAGUUGGAAAACUCGAUUGGUAGGCCCACCGGAUGCAGAGCCUCGUUUGCGGACAUCGAACACGCUGUACCAAAAUUUACUGGUGAUAACUCCACACGGUCAGUGCACCGUUUCUUUGAGGACUUUGAAGAAAUUAUGCGAACUGUCAAUGCAGACGAUCAGUUCAAACUGCUAAGCUUACGCCGCUCGCUACAGGGAACAGCUCGAGUGUUCCUAACCACGACGUCUGCUCUUAACUAUCGAGACCUAAAGAAGGCGGUCAUCGAAGAAUUCGACAGUGCAGUCAGUCGCCAGGACGUCUAUCGAACACUGACCGAACGGAAGUGGAAACACCUUGAAGAGUCCCUGCACUGCUAUAUUUUGACCAUGCAAUCUUUGGCGAAGCAGGGCGGCAUCCGGGAAACCGAUGUUAUCGACCUAAUUCUCGACGGUAUCGGAAACAAAAUCAACAAUAUCAACUUGCUUAUGCCGGCGCAGUCAACCGUCAGCCGAUUGCCGAUCAACAAGUUGCCGCCGUUCUAGAAGAUGAACUCAUGGAAUUGGAAUCACUUAACUUUUCCAACUAGUUUUAUGAAGCAAUCGUGUGUGCCGAACAACUUAGUGACUUUAAACAAUCCGCAUCAUAACUAUCGCAGCAUUGGUGGACUUAAGUUGAAUAUACUUUGUGAAAUACAAUGUUUUGUGAAAUUUAAAAAUGAAAUAAAAAAUGUUAAAAUAAAUAUUUUGCCUGAUAAUGAGAUGUUAGUGCCCGUCAUCUUUGGACGUGAUUUCUUGAAAUUGUUUAACAUACGGUUAACUAAAAUAAAAAAUAGAUAUGCGAAAAGCGAUUUGGUAUCCUAUAGAAACGGAAUUCCUUGCACUCCCC